AUGAGGCAAAUUUUAGCUAAUGUAUUAAAACAUGAGGAAUCAGACCUGAAACAAACACUGAACCAAGCCAGAACCCUGGCAAAGAAACUACUACAACACAGCCAGUCUUACAAGGAUCCUUCUUCGCCAGUUGCCAUACCUUUGUAUGAACAAAACAAAGGUGAAGUGCGGCCGCAAGGGGAACGGCGGGGCGAGGAGACCCGACCCGUUCCGCGCUGCUGGCAGCGCCAUAGCGCCGCCCGCCGCGCGGCCCCGCCAGUUGGGGCCGUUGCGGCAGUUGCCGUGAGGCGAGGAGAGGGGCUCGGCGCCGCCGUGGCUCCCCGUCAGCCUAGGCUGCCCCGCGCUGUGCUCCGCUGGCUGCAGAGCCUCGACCUCCCCGCCUGCCCCAGGCACUGCCGCAGGGAUUUCUCCAACGGGUACCUGGUGGCGGAGAUCCUGGCGCGCUACUUCCCCGCCGAGAUCCGGAGCCGCGCCUGCGGGACCGGCAGCUCGCUGACCGCCAAGCUGAGCAACUGGGCCCGGCUGCGGCGGUUUUUUGCAAAACACAACCUCAACGUGGCCCAGGAACUGAUAGAGGUAACAAUUCACUGCAAACCAGGAGCAGCAGAAAGGCUGGUGCAGGACAUCUACUCCAUGCUAACAAACAGAUGUAUUAAAAGCCUUCAAGACAGGGAGAUUGAUUUUACAGACUACUGUUACCAGACACAGUUACCAAUGGUUGCCAGAUCAACAGCUUCCAAGGUUAUCAAGAAUAACAUUAGGCUGACAGAAAUAAUGAUGGAACCCAGUGUUACCAUAAACAGACAGAAGGCUAAUGCCAUCAGUAAUAUGCACAUGAGAAUGAGAAUGUAAGAGAGGGAAGAGGAUCCACAUGAUAUUGAUACAAGAUCAGAACCCACAAAGUAUAACUACUACAUGGAAGUAUACGAAGAUAUGAAGACUUGA